CAUUUUCUUUAACGCACGUCAGAGUCUCUGCACUCAAUUGGCCUCCAUGGGUGCGGCUCAGACUCUCGAAAAACGAAGAUGGCAGCCUGGACAUGAACAUGACAGGACCGAUGUCGAACCUCCUGGAGACACUCUCUGAUGGCAUGGGCUUCACGUACUCCGUCUCCUCGCCGGAAGACAGCCAAUGGGGCAUAGCAUUGCCAGGGGGAAAUUGGACAGGAAUGGUCGGCAUGCUUCAUCAAAACCGAGCGGACAUGGCCUUGGGCCCCAUUGCGAUGACAUACGACCGAGCCCAGGUAUCAGCGUUUUCAUCUCAAGUUACCACAGAUUACCUAACCAUUCUCGCUGGUUUCCCAAACGUUGUGGAGGCCAGUGUUUUCGGGACACUCAUGGCUUUUGAGUGGAAGGUGUGGCUGGGGCUUCUUUGUUCGUUAUUGCUUUGUGUCUUCACAAACUUCGUGGUUGACAUUUUGAUGGACGAUUCUAAGACAACAGCUAAACAAAGGCUUAUCGAGCACUGGUGGAUAUAUUUUUCGGCAUUGUUCUGCGAGUUUUGCACGCAGAACUCGAUGACGCAAACGCAGUUGAUAAACAUGGCGUUCUGA